GCGGUACAAAGUGAUCAGCUGCCGCCGAUUCCCUUCAGUUUCUUCUUGAAUCUAGCGUAAGGCGAUACUGUAAAAGGCACUUUGCGGCGCGCUACUCGAGACUACUUUCGGGUGCUCGACAAUGCUCCCAUCGUUUCUCGUGCCUAUGCUCUGCAAUUUGUAUAUCUUUCGAAGAGGAGACACUAUACUGCAUCUGACUCUGCUUCCCACCGGCACGUGUUUCUAUUGCUGUCCCAUCCAGCUGAAUCGAGACGUCCAAUUUCUAUUGUAUACCAGGCGGAAUCCGAUCUAUGGAGAUCUACUGGAUUUCAACGAUGCCGCGACAUUGCGGAAUAGUAACUUCAACGUUAAACACCCGACCAUCAUUUACGUUCACGGAUACAGUGACAGUAGCGCGGGGAAAGGUCCCACCGCCAUACGAAAUGCCUACCUCCGUCGUGGGCACUAUAACGUGAUAUUGAUAAACUGGCCCAAACUGGCGGUACUGCCGUGGUAUAUAACGGCAGUAAGAAACACCAGAAUCAUCGGACCUUAUUUAGCGCACAUGGUAAGCUGGCUCGACGCACAGAAAGCCGUCCCGUUAUCCAAAAUUCACGUGAUCGGCUUCAGCUUGGGCGCGGAAGUUGCCGGUUUUAUGGGGAAGGCUCUGGCACCUCGAAAGAUAGGCAGAAUCACCGGAUUGGACCCGGCUUAUCCGUUGUACAUGAAUACCGGGGAGGAGGGUCACUUGACAUGGGCCGACGCUGUCUUCGUCGAUGUCAUUCAUACUGACGGCGGUAAUUUUGGAUUCCCUUCGCCACUCGGCCACGUCGAUUUUUACCCCAAUGGCGGCGUCAGGCGACAACCCGGCUGCGAUUUGAAGAGCCUCGUUCGCAUGGGCUUCAGAAGAAUCAUAAAUCAAUACAUUACCUGCGGACACAACCGAGCCUGGCGUUACUACGCGGAAUCCGUGGAGAACCCCUACGGAUUUCCCGCGAGUCGUUGUCCAAGAUGGCGGCCCGGGAUUCAUGCAAACUGCAUGUGGAAACCCGAGGCUUAUAUGGGCUUCGUGGCCGACCCCAAGUAUCGGGGAAAAUUUUACCUCAGCACGAACUCGCGGACACCGUACGCCAGGAAUUUGACAGGUCACAAACUCAAAAAAUGAGGACGCGGAAGGUCUUGAUUUGGAUGAACCAGAUUAAGAAGCGAAAUGACCUUUCAUGGCGAUGCCAGGAUAAUCAUCUUGGAUAAAGCUUGACGGCGAUAUAAAAAAGACUCUUUGUGUUUUUUAUAUGAUGUGUUUACGACGAGAACAUUAGUACUCCUAUCGCUUUCUGUAAAUGGCCCGCGGCCUUAAUUAAUUUUACUGUUUUUUUUCUUUCUUUUUUUUUUUUGAGAAUUGUUAAAGUGGAAAUUUUUUUUUCUUAGAAUAACAAACAAACAAAGUUCAUGAUGGAACGUAGUUUGGAGUAGCAACGAUAUCGAAAAACUCGAAUCGAAUUAUGAUAACUCGA